AUGCUCAGAUUAUCCUCAAACUCCUCAGAUUAUCCUCAGACUACUCCUCAAACUCCUCAGUCUAAUCCUCAGACUCCUCCUCAGACUACUCCUCAAAUUCCUCAGAUUAUCCUCAAACUCCUCAGUCUAAUCCUCAGACUCCUCCUCAGACUACUCCUCAAACUCCUCAGAUUAUCCUCAAACUCCUCCUCAGAUUAUCCUCAGACAACUCCUGAAACUACUCAUCAGACAACUCCUCAGACUACUCCUCAAACUCCUCAGACUACUCCUCAAAUUCCUCAGAUUAUCCUCAAACUCCUCCUCAGAUUAUCCUCAAACUCCUCAGACUACUCCUCAAACUCCUCAGAUUAUCCUCAAACUCCUCAGACUACUCCUCAAAUUCCUCAGAUUAUCCUCAAACUCCUCCUCAGAUUAUCCUCAGACAACUCCUGA